UUUCACUUACAAGUUGUUACCUAAAAGCUCUAUGAGCUCACUCUCCGAUUUGUGGAAUGCGUCUUGAUGAUUUACGACAAAACGAAGGACCUAAAAGUUAUAUCACUUGCACAUUUUAUGCCUGAGCUAGUCACAUUUGGGCGUGAAAUAGUAUUGGUAAUUCCAUCGUUGCCAAGAAAGCGUCAAAUUACUAUGGAAAAGUGAAAAAUUGCAUCGUCUAGACAACAAAUGAUGACGAUUGCAGAGAUCGUAAUACGUAUUUACGUUCUCUGUAAAAACAGAUGAAAACAAACGGCGAUAAAUAUUUUGGGCAAAAAUAAUAUUUGUGAAAUUUGUAGUUUUCAUUGACAGAAAUUAUAAUUAACAAACUUUUCCAAUAAAUGAGGUGUGAUCAUCGGUUGAGCAUUUUAACAUGCUAAAUUAUUUUAAAAAGCGAAAAGAUCUGCGUAGCCAAGGGAUACGGCGAGAUGAACCUUUUAGAAAUAGUGACAACGUUGUCUCGGAAGGCAACGUAAUACAUAAUAGGUCAGUACAUGGCGCAUCUGAUGUUCAUCGACAUUCGCUAAAGUCGUCCUCUAGCUUUUGUGAUGAAAUACUCUCCCAGGUGGAUAUGGAAGAUGAUGGAGUUGAUGGUGCAGGCAGUUGCGGUGGAAGUGUGUGCGGACUCAGCUUGGUCUCGGAUGAUGAUAUUUUUCGAUACAAGUCCCGCCUGGCGAUGCCGAUUUCGUCGAUCGUGAGUGAUCCUAAUUGCCUAAUUUACUUUGUACAAUAUUUAGAUACCAGAGGCGCACUGCCUUUACUCAAAUUUUAUCUGGAUAUCGAAAAUUUUAAAAGUGCUGCAAUUGUCCAAUCGAAAAUAGAACUACAAAAUGACCUUGAAACUUUGGAAAGUGGAGAUGAUAUCCAGCGCUGUAACGAAUUUAAAAACCAAACAAAUACGAGAAUAACUUUUGCUCAGGAAGAUGAAAAAAACGCAAACUCUGAAGAUAAUAAAGAUAAAGUACCUGAAUUGAAAAGUUUUUACGAUUUAUCUAUGCGGCAACCCCUCACUGACGAUGAAAAGAGUCAAAUUUACGCCGAAACUAAUAAGCAAAUCAGCCAAUGUAAUGAAAAUACACGUACUAUUGAUAUUAAUAAUACCAGCAUUGUAUAUUCGAAUAAAAAUACUCGUGACUGGUCCAAUGAAGAUAUGGAUCAAAGUGGAACUAAAAAAUGUGUAGGUCCAGCGAGCGUAAAUGAUGCAAUAGCAAUAUACCAAAAAUAUUUAAUUGCAAAUGCAAAGCAGUUUGUAGCUCUGCCAGUAACGGUUUUGUCUGAAAUAUCAUUAGUGUUAUGCCAACGUUUGGAUGAUGAACAACAAGCGUUUGCGCCACACCAAACUGGAGUUAUAAACAUGCCGACAAUUUCAGCAACAUGCUUUGAUGGUGCACAGAAUUACGUUAUGAACGCGUUAGAGCGACUUUAUUUGAAUGACUUUUACCAGAGCCCGUUUUACAGUAAAUAUAGUCUGGAGCUUAUACAACAUGGUCAACCAGAAUUGUCGAUAUAUGACAUACUCUAUAGUGAAGUAACACUUUUUUUCUUUAUGGAAUUCCUUGAGCAACGUGGUGAGCGCGAAUGCCUGGACUUUUGGACAUCGGCCAUAAACUUUCGAAAAACAUACGAAACAACAAAUAUACAUUCCGAAAAAACUAUGGAUUCCACAAUUGAGCACCCUACUAAUGAAAAAUCGGUCCGUUCAGAUGCCCAAGCAGAUGCAAUGAUAAUUUACGAAAAGUUCUUUUCGCUGCAACGUGAUAAACGCUUUUGGUUAUCGGAUCGGCUACGAAGUCAAGUGGAAGAACAUAUUUGUGCUGCUGAUAGAAUAUCACAGUGCUUUGAUUUGUCAUUGCAGUUGUUGGCGAAAUAUUUAGAACAGAAAUAUUUCCAGGAUUUUCUGAAAUCACAGCUUUUUCAGAAUUACUUAAAUGAGCUUAAAACGAAAUGGCGUGAACUGGAAGUUGUAGGCUCUUCGAAAGAACCCAACGCAGUAUCGUCUGCUGCUGUGGGUGCGGGUGGAAUUUUUGGAAAAACACUCCAUCGAAAAACACUUUCCGAUUGUAGCGUAGGAGCGAGCAAGCGCGAAAUAUCCAACCGCCACACUCAUAACACACUACUUGCAAUGGACAGCAUUAAAUUGCCACAAGCACGCAUAAAAUCUCUGCAACAAACAGGGAGUUCAGAUUUAAAUAUUGAUGCCCGUCAUCUAACGAAUCCAAACUUAUUGUGGCGCCGAUCGCAUUCCACGGAUGGAGUUGGUCUUAAAUUUGGUCAUAUCAACGAACUAGGUCGUUACGAACGCGAUUUCGAAGCAGUGGAUGCUGUAGGUGGCGAAUCAGGCGGCGGCGCUGGCAAACCAAACUGGUCGCUGAGUUUUAAUGGUAACAAAAUCAAAAAUGCAAUGCGGAAACUGGUUCAUUUGCCAGAGGAUAAAGUCCAAGAAGAGAUUGCAUGGCAAGUUGCUGAAAUGAUUAUUAAGGAUGUGACAAGUGUAACACUAGGGAAUCACGAAAUGAACUCUACGCUAACGCCUAAGAGUAGAUGCAAAGACACUUCAGGUAAGGUCAGUCAAUAGCUGUUGCACUGGGGUAUGCUUAUAUAUAUGAGUAGUGUGAAUCAGAGCGACAUAUUAAUAAGUGCCAGAAGACAUGUCCCAGAUAAAUAUAAAUUCGGCUACAACGUACUAGUUGUAAAGUGUAAUGAGAGUUACGGUGACUUCAGUACAGGGAUAAUUUUAUGUUAUUAUGUUUGUGUACGCAGAAGACCACAACGAUUAGGAGCAUUCCAAUAUCGGGAUAUAGGUCAUGAACAAUUUUAGUUGUUAACGUAAUUAAUCACAAUGAUUUACAACAUCUUGCUUUAAAAGUUAAAAUAGCUCAUCACAGAGCAGUGUUUUGAGCAACUAUUUAUUACAUUAUCAUUUUUUUUAUUGUACUACUAAUAUACCAGUACUUUUGAGAACCUUCCCUUUCCUCACGAGAAACUUGCUGAGUAGUAUCUAACAGCAAAACUUAAGUAAUACUGCAAAAUAUGUUUAGA